UUGUUAACCUAUUUUGACUUUGUGGCUGUAGUAACUAGAGACAACCAUGCAGGACACACUUCCUGGUCCCCACAGAGCUGGCCAAUAACAUUGGGAUUACAUAAAUCAAAGCCAAUAAGCAUCCAUAGAACCCCAGAAUGACUUGACAGGCAGUUACCUUAUCUAGUCAGAUCACUCAAAACACGCCAAAGAAGGAUUGCCUGGUUUGGAUUUUGUUUGGGAUUCUUCCAGCUAGAGGAGCAGCCUAGCUAGAUAACGUUAACAAAUUAAAGUCCUAGAUACUACCUGGUAAAAUACGGUUUAGCUGCUCUAAAUUGAAGUCGAAGAGCACUGUAUCGACAUGAAGAUGAUUGACGAUUUCGAGAGUCAUAAGGCCCGGUCCAGCAGAGAUUUGUGGUCAGAGAUCAGCUGGAGCCUGCCUGACGUGCAGGAGGAAGAUCAAGGCCGAGGAGAGGAUAAUGCUGCUCUGUUCAAAGAUUCAUUCCAACCGUCACAUGUUUGCAAUGACCUGCAAUCUAAUGGCAUGUCUAUGAGUUUCUCCUCUCACAGUGUCUGGGAACCUAUGGAAGACUCGGAUGUCUACAUUGCUAGUUUAGAGAAUCGUCUGAAGAGAAUAAAGGGACAGUGUACUGAGGUGACGUCCAGGGAGAUGCUGCGCUCCCUAUCUCAGGCCAAAACAGAAUGCUGGGAUAGAUUCUUGCACGACGCUCAGAGCUCGGAAAUAUUUCAGGAGAACGAGUUAGAUCACAGUACCCUGGAGCAUCUAAAGCGUUGGCUGGUACCUGAGAAAGUGGCCAUCAGCGCUGAGGAGCUGGAGUGUCUCCUCCUGCCGUCACUGAGCCGAGAGCAGACCUCCACGGACCAAUCACAGAGCAGACCAGAGACAGCCACUCAGAACCCUGAAGAGGACAAGAGUCCCAUACCUGAGACAUAGCUUCCUGUUCACCGCAGACAUUUUUGUACGUUAUCAUGUGUUAUUCAUGUUCAGAAACAUGAUUGAAUUUCCUGUACUGUCAUUAUUAGGUUAUGUGUAUUUGUCUUUAUUAUUGCGGAGAAAGAAUUCGGUGACAUAUCGUUGCAAAUAUUGGAUCGGUCCAUUUUUUUUGUCAUGUUACUCCCAUCAAAUGUUGUUGAUUUUUAUGAUAUGGUUAGAAUAAAAAGCAGUUAAUUGUUGGGGUAAUAUCCCGAAACCACACCGGGUGCAUUUUUGUUAGGCUACUACACUAUGUUGGUCUAUAAUGUUGUAACGAGCUGUGACACUCUGCUUUAAGAUACCAGUCCAAUCAAGAGUAUUAAUAGCUCAGAUGAAAUCAUUAUAAAUGUAGCUACUAUAUGUUCAUUACCAUGUAUGAUAAAUAUACUACGUUCAUUAUAAUGUAUGAUAAAUAUACUACGUUCAUUUAUGUAUGGUAAAUAUAUAAUUUCAUUAUAAUAUAGUAUAUUUAUCAUACAUGGUCGUGAAUGUAGUAUAUUUAUCAUACAUUAUAACGUAGUAUAUAAUUAGCAUUAGUAUCAUUAGUACCAUGUAUGAUAAAUAUACUAUGUUCAUUAUUACCAUGUAUGAUAAAUAUACUACGUUCAUGACCAUGUGUGAUAAAUUUACUACGUUCAUUAUAAUGUGUGAUAAAUUUACUACGUUCAUUAUUACCAUGUAUGAUAAAUAUACUACAUUCAUUAUUAUCAUGUAUGAUAAAUAUACUACUUUCAUUAUCAUGUAUGAUAAAUAUACUACGUUCAUUAUGACCAUGUAUGAUAAAUAUACUACUUUCAUUAUCAUGUAUGAUAAAUAUACUACAUUCAUUAUAAUGUGAUACAUUUACUACGUUCAUUAUUACCACGUAUCCUCUGUACAUCCUCUACUGUAUAUCCUCUACUGUAUAUCCUCUACUGUAUAGUCUACUGUAUAUCCUCUACUGUAUAUCCUCUGCUGUAUAUCCUCUGCUGUAUAUCCUCUGCUGUAUAUCCUCUGCUGUAUAUCCUCUACUGUAUAUCCUCUGCUGUAUAUCCUCUACUGUAUAGCCUCUACUGUAAUCCUCUACUGUACAUCCUCUACUGUAUAUCCUCUACUGUACAUCCUCUACUGUACAUCCUCUAAUGUACAUCCUCUACUGUAUAUCCUCUACUGUAUAUCCUCUACUGUAUAGCCUCUACUGUAAUCCUCUACUGUACAUCCUCUACUGUAUAUCCUCUACUGUACAUCCUCUACUGUACAUCCUCUAAUGUAUAUCCUCUACUGUAUAUCCUCUACUGUAUAGCCACCCCUAGAUGGCAGCAUUGUAAUCCACAAAAUAACUUGGACGUAAAUAAAACCGCACAGCCAAAUAAUAUGUUGACUGAGAACUA